CUCAUUCACUUCACUCAUUCACCUCUCAUCAGUUCAUUUAAGCUUUAAACCAGCUGACAACAUUAACACACUCACACACACUAUCGCGCUAAUCGCGGUUUCACUUUAACACGUUAAUGACGCAGUGUAAACACACAUACUUAAUGACAUUGGUUUAUCCGUCUAUUUUUAAACCGAAAUAAACGACAUGAACACAAAUAACGUCAUAAAAACAACAGAGUAAAUGUUUUCUUACCUGAUAUUUUUGCAGGAUAUAAAUUCACUUAACGUCUCUUAGGUGACUCAUUCAGUUCAUCACAUUUAGCUCCAACAUGUUGUUUACCUGUAAAUAUCUUGUUCUGUGUUCAGUUGUUCUCAAAAACUCAGAGGAGUCAGCGGUUCAUUUUUUCUGACAGGAUGAUGCAGGAGCUGCUGCUGUUUGGAGCUCUGUCAGUCGGACUUUAUUUUCUUCUCCUCAUGACCGUUCUCAAGCUGCCCAGAUGUAAAUCUACUGCCAAGUUACACAGGAAAACUGCCAUCGUCACCGGAGCAAACACUGGCAUCGGCAAGACCACGGCCAUGGACCUGGCCAGGAGGGGGGCUAGAGUGAUCCUAGCCUGCCGGGACAGAGGGCGAGCUGAGGCAGCCAUUCAGGAAAUUGUCCAGGAGACGGGGAACAACCAGGUGAUCUUCAUGCAGCUCGACCUGGCAAGUCUGAAGUCUGUUCGGUCCUUUGCCGACAACUUCCUCCGGUCUGAGUCCAGGCUGGACCUCCUCAUCAACAACGCAGGUCUGAUGAACAGCGGAAAGACGGAGGAUGGUUUCGGGAUGAUCUUUGGCGUCAAUCACCUGGGUCACUUCCUGCUGACGGCGUUGCUCCUGGACCGGCUGAAAGCAAGCGGGCCGAGCCGUGUGGUGACCGUGGCCUCCAAAGCCUACGCGUUUGGGAAGGUGGAUUUCAACUGUCUGACGACUCACAGAGAUUUAGUUUUGGGCAGCAACAGCUUCCAGCUCUUCCUGAACUACUCCCACAGCAAACUGUGCAACAUCCUCUUCACCUACGAGCUCGCCAAGAGACUUCAGGGCAGCGACGUCACCUGCUACAGCCUCCACCCAGGAGCCAUUAAGACAGAGAUCGGCCGAUACUCCGGCUUCUGGUGGAAGCUCUUCUUAAGUCCCAUCAUCUUCCUCUUCUUUGUGGACGCUGAGUCCGGAGCUCAGACCACGCUGCACUGCGCCCUGGAGCCCGGCAUCGAGCACCUGAGCGGCCGCUUCUUCACCCAGUGUUCCCCGCUGAUCAACAUCGAGUCCAAGGCGAGAGACGACGCCGCGGCCCAGAAGCUGUGGGAGCUGAGCGAGAGGUUCUGCGGCCUGUCGUGACGUGGAACCUCAGAGCCUCGUGUUUAUUCCACAGGUUCACAUGAAUGUGACACUUACAGACUCGUGAUUACAACAACAGGUCUGAUCCACUUUCCCCACUGAUAAAUGUCACGUGUGAUGUUUUCUCCCACUCAUUAAAGUUUGUCCUUGAACGCAAUUUUGACAAAUA